CUGAUGAAAGAGGGCCUCAGAGGUGUAUAAAAGGGCAGCCCGGGCUCUCGGAUCACCACAGCCAACCCAUCUUCUGCAAACCCUCCGCGAGACCAGGCUAUCCCGAGCGCCCAGCCAUGUCCACCACCAGCCUUCCCCAGCCUCGGGAGCUCCCGGGAAACUGCACGCUGGAGACGUCCCUGAAAGGCGUCGUGGACGUCUACCACCGCUACAGCUCCCGCGAGGGCGAGCUCGACCUGCUCAGCUACAAGGAUUUCUGCACGCUGCUGACCGAGCAGGCGCCCACCUUCCUGGCAGCCUGCAACAGGAACCGGCCCGGCUACCUGGAAAAGCUCUUCAAGGAGACCGACAUAAACAAGGACCACGAGCUGACCUUCGAGGAGUUCUGCAUCGUCCUGGCCAAGCUGACCGACGAUGCCCACCGCAUCACCCACGGAAGCGACCGGUGCUCGCCGGACACGGACUGAGCCUGGGAGCGCUCGAGCCGCGCGGGCAGCCCCGACCGGCUCUGCUUGGGGAACCGGGCUCUAGCUACUGCCUCUGCUUCACUCUCUCCUGCUCAUGAGACAAUAAAGCAUCCCUUGAAUUUCA